AUGAGCAGUAAUCGAAUUAAUUCACAAGAAAACGCAUCGCAAUCUAAACCCUCAUCCCAGCUCGAUGAUAACCGCAGUUCCAAUGCUGCCAAUCCUUCGAUUGUUCCUGUCGAUGGAACAAUCGAAAGUAAUUGGACUGAAAUGGUUACAGAUUUCGAUAAGAUGAACUUGCACGAACCAUUACUACGUGGUAUUUACGGUUUUGGUUUCGAACGACCAUCUGCUAUCCAACAGCGAGCAAUUAAACCAUGUAUCUUAGGACAUGACCUUAUUGCUCAAUCCCAAUCGGGUACAGGCAAAACGGCAACGUUUACUAUUUCAAUUCUACAACGAAUUGAUAUCGAUCUUAAACAAUGCCAAGCACUCAUUUUAGCUCCAACACGUGAAUUAGCACGACAGAUUCAACGUGUUGUGUUGGCUAUCGGUGAUUAUAUGAAAGUCUCGUGUCAUGCUUGUAUUGGUGGCACUAGCAUUAACGAAGAUGCUAAAGCACUCAGAGCAGGCGCACAAGUUGUUGUUGGUACACCUGGCCGUGUUUUUGAUAUGCUGAAUCGAUCAGCUCUUCGCAAGGAAAAUAUCAAAAUGUUGGUGUUAGACGAAGCCGAUGAAAUGCUUCAAGAAGGUUUCAGCGACCAAAUAAAAAACAUCAUCAUGUUAAUGCCAGAAGAUCUUCAAAUCGUUCUUCUCUCGGCUACAAUGACCAAUGAUGUUCUGAAUAUCACGAAAAAAUUCAUGUCCGAUCCAGUAAAAAUUUUCGUGAAAAAGGAAGAACUGACACUCGACCGAAUUCACCAGUUUCACAUCAACGUUCAAGAAGAACGAUUCAAAUUCGAUACACUUUGCGAUUUAUAUGCAUCGUUAUCCAUCGUAAAAGCUGUCAUCUUUUGUAACACUCGCCGAAAGGUUGAAUUCGUAGCAAGAAAACUAAGCGAAGAAGAUUUCACCGUCUCUGCAAUUAGCGGUGAAUUGACUCAAGAACAACGUAAUACAAUUAUGAAUGAGUUUCGUACUGGUUCGAGUCGAGUCCUGAUCACCACUGACCUACUUGCACGUGGUAUUGAUAUCCAACAGGUCAAUCUUGUUAUCAAUUAUGAUUUGCCAAACAAUCGGGAAAAUUAUAUUCAUCGUAUCGGACGAAGUGGUCGAUUUGGUCGAAAGGGUGUGGCGAUUAACUUUGUUACGGAUGAAGAUCGAACAACAUUACGCGAUCUCGAGCACUUCUACAAUACUGAAAUCAAAGAAAUGCCGAUGGAUGUCGCUAAUUUGUUCUGA